GGAAAGUUCUGGAAAUCAUCCAAUAUGACGCGUCUGCUUUUGAUUUCUCUUCUAGCUUUAGUUUUUAAAUCCUGCAUUUGUGAGGAUUGGUGCUACCAGUCCCAGAUGUCCUGUGAACAGCCUUGCAAAGGGCCAGCAGCUUGGAAUGAGGUGAAUGCUGUUUGUGGUGGUAAUAAACAAUCUCCCAUCAACAUAGUGACCAAAAAGACUAAGAAGGAGUCCAGUCUUACCGCAUUCAAAUUCACUGGCUACAGACAGCCGUUUACCAGCACUUUGAAGAAUAACGGGCAAACUGUUUAUCUGGACAUUCCUUCUGGAGCCACUUUGAGUGGGGGAAAUCUCUCAAACACCUAUAAUGCUGUCCAGUUGAAGUUCCACUGGGGCAGCAGUAGCAGCCCUGGGUCUGAACACACCCUUGAUGGAGAACAUUAUCCCAUGGAGCUGCACAUCCUGCAUAUAAAGAACAAAUACCUUACAGUAGAUGAAGCACUGAAUGACGUAACUGGACAAGCAAUCUUGGGAUUCUUCUUUGAGGAGUCAGCCACUGAAAACACGGAGUAUAGUACCUUCAUUGCAGCUGUAACUAAGGUGCAAGAUGCAGAAAGCCACACAGAUCUUAACAUCUCCUUGAACACACUGAUCCUGUCUGAGAUGAAGCUGAGGGACUACUAUCGUUAUGAAGGCUCUCAAACCAUCCCGGGCUGUUCUGAGUCAGUGAUAUGGACCAUGUUUAAGGAGCCUAUUCCACUUAGCAAAGCUCAGCUUGCGGCCUUUUUCGACCUGAAGUCUAAAGAUGGUAAGCCAUUGGUGAACACAUUCAGACCAGUGCAGCCUCGGAAAGGUCGGGUUGUGUAUAGAUCCCACUCUGGUGCAGCUGAAUCUGUUGUAGUGUUAAGCUUCACUCUCAUUCUGUUGAGUUGUGAACCUGCUUUUGUGAAGAGCACAGGGCGCCAGUGGCGAAUUUGCCAAUCUCGGUGUUCUCAGGCAAAUGCCAAACGUCCUGUGUUGGGCUGUAAACGCAACCCCCACCUGUGGACGUCGGGCCCUCAUACCACCCUCAUGGACUGGAAGAGGACUCCAGUGUCAACCUUUGACACUCUGAUGAACUCCAUGCCCAAGAUGGUUAAAGCAGUGCUGGAAAAUAAUGUUGCUGCUUAUCAGGAUACCAAGAAACUACAAACUAAUUUAUCAUGCACUCUGACACUGGAGACUAAGAGUCAGAGUCUAUUGUUUGAGGACUCCAUCAGUGUUUAUGCAGCACUGCACAAAAUCAGUUUUUUUGCAGAACUGCACGCCAUCAGUGUUUAUGCGGAACUGCACGCCAUCAGUGUUUAUGCAGCACUGCACACCAUCAGUGUUUAUGCAGAACUGCACGCCAUCAGUGUUUAUGCAGAACUGCACGCCAUCAGUGUUUAUGCUGAACUGCACGCCAUCAGUGUUUAUGAGGAACUGCACGCCAUCAGUGUUUAUGCAGCGCUGCACGCCAUCAGUGUUUAUGCGAAACUGCAUGCCAUCAUUGUUUAUGCGAAACGACACGCCAUCAGUGUUUAUGCAUAA